UUUUAUGACAGAUUCAAGAUUCACAUAAUAUGAAGACAAUAGGAAAAUUGGAUUUAACAUUGGCGCCAAAAUGAAGUUUUUAGUGUUGAUGACUUUCCUUCACGCCGCCAUUGGCGUAGAUGACAUUUUGAAUGGACAACAAUUAUCAAACAGAUUAAAAGAGAUAAAGAGAGGCGUUGGCGUCGAUCAUAUGCAGGAAGUUUACAAUAACAUUACGUUUAACCCGAAGACAGACGAUGGAAAUGUAUUACUUCAAAAAAUACGAACAAGUAUAUCCUCAAGUUUGAGUGAACUGAAAAAAAGCUUGGACAUAGUUGCUGAAAAGGUACUUGAACAGGAAGACAAUUUUUUAAAAACAUCGUCUCUUCCUCAAUGUUGUCGGAGCAGCGAUACCUAUCAAUAUGAUCCAAAGUUCAGAAAGGAGGUGGAUUUUAAUACAGCAUGCGUUAUAAAGUCUUCCUAUGCUGAUAAUGAGGCAUUAUUCCCACCAGCCGAAAUCGGUUUGACUAUGAAAAACAAAUAUGAAAAUAACAAAAAUAUUCUGUGGCAACAUUACAGUACUAUUGAUGGAACUUCGAUAAUAUACCCCGCUACAAACUGGACCAAAUGUAGCGAUUUUGAUCCCAGAUGGAGGCCAGAAUUUUCUGCAACAGCAUCACCGAGACCUAAAGACGUCGUCAUAGUAAUUGCCUCAACACAGUCUAUGAAAGCACCAUCGGGUGUUCCAAACAAACAGAAGCUUACUGUUGCCAAAGAAGCUGCACAUGCAGUUAUAAAUACACUAAAUCCUAAUGAUCGGGUUUCUGCUAUAUCCUUCAAUUCGGUCGUCAGGAGUGAACCCGGUUGCUAUAGUGAUACGUUGGCUUUCGCAACAAAACAAAAUAUAAAGACAGUAAAGGAAUUCGUUAGUCUUCUACCAGAUACUAAUACAAAUAUUCAGAAUUUUGAAAAAGCAAUUACGGCCGCCUUUUCAUAUUUUAAAUCUUCAAACAACGACAGUGUCUCAGAAAGAGAUCAGAUAAUUUUAUUCGUUACUACUGGUGAAAAGACAGACGGUAGGAAUCCAGUGGAAAUUAUUAGAGAUGAAAAUAUGAAACUUCAGAAUAGAGUUGUGGUGUUUACCUAUCUUCUAGGUCCAGGGUCAACAGAUAAUUCAAAGAAACAGUUACGUGAAAUGGCUCAACAAAUACAGUCAAAUUCGUCAUAUGGGGCUAUUCGGAUGGGACAAUAUUUAUAUUUUGAAAAUCUGAAAACACUUGCUAUUGACAUGUCCACAUUUUACCUUCAUCUCCGUAAACCUUCAGCUGAUCCGAUCUAUACUGUUCCAUAUGUAGAUCCUUUCUCUGGAAUAGGAUUAAUGACGUCGAUGUGUCGACAAGUCAGCAUUACACGAGGAUUUAACGGUGUUGCAUGUACGGAUGUUAAGAUAAGUGAACUAUUGAAGGAUGUUGAAUAUUUUGACGAAGGUAAUUCAUCUUACGCCUUCAUGAUUGACAGGAAUGGUCACACAAUUGUUCAUCCUUUACUUCCUGACCCUACUUAUUUGAAAACUGACCCUGUAUUAGUCGACAUUACAACAUUGGAAAGGUCUCCUGGAUCAGACAGUGUAAUGUCUAAUCUAAAAAGUGGACUAUCUGGUAAUAAGACAUUACCAUCAGUAUAUUUUACAAUUCCACGUGGUAAUUUGAUAAAUGAUGGAACUAGUAUCAGGGUUGUUAGUGCAACGUUCUUUUGGAGCUCGGUAGAAAAUACAGACUUUUCCAUUUGUAUUGUAUUAGGAAAUGAAGAACAUUCUGAAAUUACGGAAUUGCCAAAGCCUACUGGAGACUUAGGAAAAGUGUUUAUGUAUCACAACCGAAGUCUCUCAGAUGACAAUUAUUCUAACUGUAGGUUCAAUGCCAGGAGUGUAACAUUAGAAAGAAGCAGCAUUAAGUUUUCACCAUCUGCAUUCGUAAGUCCCUUUCAGUACACGGACAAAGAUGAAACAGGUGAAGAUGUAUACAAAUAUAAACAAUAUUUUACCACAGAUUCUGAAGAAAAUCCAGGAUUUAAGAGUUCAAUAAGACCAGAUGUAUGGGCUACAUAUGAGCUAGAAAAAUUCUGGAAGCGCACCAAAUCAUCACAUCUUGCAUGGAGAUAUAUAGGAACUAAAUCUGGUGUCAUGCGUGCAUAUCCUGGUGUUUCAUUGGAAAAGACGUAUGAUCACGAAAAACGAGCAUGGUUUAGACAAACCGUUGCACACCCGGAAACAAUGUUUGUCACACCGCCAUAUGAUGACGCUUGGGGAUCAGGGAUAUUGAUUUCCUUAGAAAAUACAGUAUACAAAGGAAAAUCAAAACAGGUAGCAGCUGUCGUUGGAACAGAUUUCCCACUACAAUAUUUCAGCUGGUUCAUUGACCAGGUAUACCCUUCCUGUUCCAUGCUAGCAUACAGGUGUAUCAUAAUUGAAGACAGUGGAUUUAUCGUGAUGCAUCCAACAUUUAAGCAAAGCACAAGUAAAGAAAAGUUCGCAAAAUUUAUUCAUAUAACAGUCCAGGAGCCAGAACUAGCCAAUGAAUUAAAAACGAAGCUUAUACUUAACAAACAAGAAUGUCAGGACGUAGCAGAAAACAAAGAAAGGCGUUCUUUUCGGGUGACUUUGCCAAACACAGGUGGAUACGGCUUCGCAGACACAAAUGACAAGUAUGAAAUAAGACCCAUUCCGGAAACCAAUAUUUUUAUUAUUAGACAGAAAACGUCAACUUCAUUAUCAGGUGGUUGUGAUUGUGAUGAAAAUAUAAAACCAAAUUCCAGAGCAUGUGGCGAUAGAUGCGAAUAUUGUCUUUGUUUUAAGCCCAUUGCAUAUCAACUCUGCUUAAAUAUUUACAACAACAAUUCCAGCUAUCCGUGUAGUGCAUCUGUCCCUGAUACUUCCGGAAAAAGUUCACCUGACGACUUCACAGGGUUGCAAACAUGUUUCAACCCAAAAUGUCACGAAAAAGACAGUAAAACGAAAUGUUUCAGUGAAGCCGAGUGUGGAUGGUGUGAGUUUACUGAUGAAGGAAGUGAACUGAAAUCAAAAUGUUGCCGACUUAAAGAAGAUUGUUCUUUUGGAAAAACCAAAUCAACAAACAGAGACACAUGUGAAGUACCUGUUUCACCUGUUUCAAACAACAACCCGUCUGAUUCCUCAUCAUCAACUGACACAACAGCAUCGCUUGUCGGUGGAUUAGCUGCAUUAGCAGCUAUAUUAGUAUUAUUAGUUGUUAUUGGAACUAUUUAUUGCAUCAGAAAAAAUAAAUUGUGUGAUGGUCGGUAUAAAGACAAUGAUGAUCCCUAUAUUGAUGCAUGUCAUGUAGACGAUGGUACCGGGUCAGGGGUGUUCGAAAACGACGGUAUGUCCUGCUCCAGUAGUAACGAUUCGUCAAACUACACACGGACAAGUCCGUGUCAACAUCAAGUACCUGAAAACAACUAUACGGAUACAAAGUUUAAUCACGUGGGAUGAUGAAAUAUGUUGUAUAUCUUUGAUUUAUUGAAACAUUUGUGAUUAUGUAAUAGAUGAAUACUCAGUACUCUACGUAUAGGUUUAAAUCUGUGAAUUAAUCAUGAACAUGAUGUAUGGUUACAUAUCA